CGAGUAACUAAUACAUAUUUAUACAAAAAUAGUUAUAAUUUACUUAAAAAAAUUUUUUUUAUUGUUAUUGUACCUACGGAUUAGUGUUUACAGAUCUUAUUCAAGGUUUUCUAGUGGGUGAAGAUAUAGAUUUAAGAAGAAAAGAAAUAAACAAAAAAAAAAAAGAUGUAAAAUAUUUGAAAAAAAAAAAUGAAAAAUCUUAUAUUUUUAAUGAUGUUUUCUUCAAAAAAAAGAAAAAAUACAAUGUGAUGCUCUGGUUCCAGCAAAAUAUCAAUACGAGUAUUCUGUAAUAUAAUGUUCUAUUAAUGUCGUUAGUUGUGUAGGGUUUUAUGCAGAAGAAGAGUUUAUUGAAAAACAUAAAUAAAUAAAUGAUAAUAUACUUAUACACAUAUACGUACAUAUUUCAAAUAUUUUUGAAUUGUUGAAAUUCCAAAAGAAAUAAAAGCAAGAAAAAAAUUUAAAAUUUUCCCAUCAUUUAAAAGUUAAAAUUUUUUUUUUCAACACAAGGAGAAUUUUAAUUGCUCACAAUUGCAAGAGAAUAAAGUUGCAAAAAAAAACAAAAAAGAAUAAUAAGAAGAAAUUUUUACGUUUUACAAAAGCGCAGAAAUUCACAAAUACAAUACCAAUAAUGUUGCAAGAGUGCUGUUUUCUUUUUGCUUUUUCUUAUGAAAUUUCAUUCAUAACGAGAAAUUAUUGAGCAAGAGCAGUGGAAAAACAAAACAAAAAUAACUUACAAAUAAAAAAAAAAAAUUUGGAAAUAAAAAAAGAAAAUAUCUUAAAAUAUCUGAAUGAACAUAAAUUUUAGCAUAAAAUCGAAUAAAAAAAUAUAAGUAGACAUUUAUGCACCUACAUUUGUGCAAAUCGCAACAAACGGAGAGUUGAAAAACGAUUCUCAAAAACUGCUUUAAAAAUUAUUUUAAGUGGGUAUUGUUGCUCUCCUCAUUUGCUUUCGUAUACUAAAAGAGCAUUGAGAAAACUUUUGGAUUCCUUUUUAAUAUUAAUACAAACGUUUCUGUACUGUUUUUCUUUUCGAACAAAGCAAGAAUAAUGAAAACAUAUUAAAGAUCUUUUUGCUUUAUCGCAAAUAUAACGCAUGUAUACUUUAUAUACGAAGAAAAUAUAUAAAAACCGCCAAAACCAGAAAGAAAAAAAUCUCAUAUAAAAAUACCAUAAAUGAACAAGAAAAAUAUUUUACCUGUCGUUGUGUUUAUUUGAUAUGCGCUCGUAAAGUAUUUCAAAUUAAUUAUUGUAUAUAGAAAAGUAUAUACUAAGGAAUUGAUCUCUUGAAGAUGUUGAAAUUUAUAAGCAUAAUAGCAAUAACAGCAACAACAAUUUUUAAUUAUAUUUGAGAACCUUGUGUUAUUACUUUGAUUUACUUCUCUUUACAUUGGUAUUUGAAUAUCUUCACAAUAAACAGAAACAAGAAAAUCAACAAAGUACAACAAUAUUUCCGGCGAAAAUUACUUGCUUAUAUAGAAAGUAGUUUAUUAGGGCAGCAAGAAAAUUAAAUUUACAAAAGUAUUAUAAAAAAUAACAAAAUAAUUAUAAAAACAUAAUAUUGAAAAGCAAUAUAGAGAAAAAAAAACAGGAAAAAUUGAAAAAAUUUCUCGCAACAUGUUUUUUUUUUUUUGAAUAACAUGCGUGUAUAUCUGAGUAUGCGAUUAUAUUCUUGUAUAAUAAAAAUUUUCUAAAAGGUGAUAACAACUUUCUGUACAAUUCAACAGCAACAAAAAAUAAAAAAAAAGUUACAACACGUAUACAAGAUCAAAAUCAUAAUAAAAAUUCAAAAAAAAAAAAAUAUACUUAAAAGUGCGUUUACUUCAACCUCAAAACGAAAAAAAAAACUAUUUUGAAUUACAAAUUUCCAAAAAAAACAAAAAAAUAUACAAAAAAAGUCAAAAAUAACCACAAAACUUGAAUUCGAUAAAAAAAAAACCGCACCCAAAUGUUUCACUUAAAAAUCAAUUCAAAAAUUUUCUAAAAAAAACAGAGACCAAUCGUGCCAAAACCAGAUCACAAUAAAAAACGAAAAUUCAAAAUUAUAUUUUAUUGCCAUCCAAAACAAUGUCGUCUGGUAAUAAUAAGCAUCCCAAACUGAAUAGUAACUUAAUGAGUCUUGGUAGUAAAAAUCAUAUACAGCAUAACCAUCACCAUAAUAUACCAAAUUCAAAUAAUACGCAAUCAGAUCAAAUACAACAGCAUAAUAGUACACAUCAUUCACAUCAGCAACAGCAAGCGCAAAAUACUCAACAGCAAUCAUCAUCGGGUUCAUCAUCAUCAACAUCAUCUUCAAAUCAACAUCAAAUAAUAGCUACCGUUCAUCAUCAUCCAUAUUCAUCAACUGCAUCAACAGCACACACAACAUCAACAUCAACAUCUGCAGUAAAUAACAACAUUAAUAACAAUAAUCAUCAUCAGCAGCGACAUCAACAUAUAAAAACCCCACCAAUAUCAAAUAUUUCACAAAACGGUAUUAAUUCUCAUCAUCAUUUAAAUAAUAACCACCACCUAUCUUCAAAUCAACAUUCUAAUACAAUACCAUCAGUAGUAUCAGCGACAUCAGUAACAGCAACAACUAUAACAACAUCUAAUAAUAAUAGUAAUAAUCAUCAUCAUCAUCAUAAUAAUCAUCAUAAUCAUAAUAAUCAUUUGAAUCAAACACAUAUUAGUCAUUUACCAACGCUUAAUGGUAACGGUAAUAGUACAUCAGCAUCAUCAUCACCAUCAACGAUAUCAACAACAACAAUACAACAAAAUAUACAGCCAUUAUCAUCAUCAUCAUCAACAUCUGGUGGUCAUUCAAUACCACCACGAUAUCAACCACCACCACAACCUCCACCAACAUCGUCAAUAAGUAGUAGUGGUAUAUUAAAAAAUAUACCAUCAUCUAUUUUAGCGGCAGCAACAUUAGCAGCAACAAAAUCAUCUUCAUCAUCAUCAGGAUAUUAUCCGACAUCAACAACAGAUUUAAAUUUUCCUCAUAUUAAUAUUAAAUGUCCACCUGAAAUACCAAAAUUGACAUCUGUUUAUAUACCUGAUACAAUUAAAAACGGUUUUAGUAAUUCAUCAUCAAUAACAGGAUCAUCAAGAUUCUCACAACGUCAUCGUUUAUUAUCUAGUAAUAGUGGAAAUAGUAAUAGUAGCGGAGGCGGUUCUAAUAAUAACAAUAAUAAUAAUAAUAUCGGAAAUCAUACAAAUCAUUUGUCAUCGGGACAAAAUCACGAAGAUUUUUUAUUAAGACAACAUCAACAUCAAGAUAUGUUAAAAUUUGUUCGUAAAACAGAAAAUGAAAACGGCGGUAUUAAUAGCAAUACAAAUGGUGGUAUCAGCGGUGUCAGUGCAAUAAAUGGUCAAGGAUUAAAUAUAAAUCAAACGGCAGGCAGAUUAACAGCUGAACAAAAUCGACAUUUACAGUCACUUAUCAAUGAGUUGCGAGUAUUAAAAGAGGCUAAUCAAAGGUUAAUUGAUGAUAAUCAAGAAUUACGUGAUUUAUGUUGUUUUCUUGAUGAUGAUAGACAAAAAGGAAGAAAAUUAGCAAGAGAAUGGCAAAGAUUUGGAAGAUAUACGGCUAGUGUAAUGAGACAAGAAGUAUCUGCAUAUCAGAAUAAAUUACGGCAAUUAGAUGAUAAACAACAAGAAUUAAUUAGAGAUAAUUUAGAAUUGAAAGAAUUAUGUUUGUAUUUAGAUGAAGAACGGGCGCAUGUUGCAGCAAAUACUUUAUGUGCAAAUUGUGGUACAGCAAUACGACCUGCAUUAAGAGAUGAUGGCGAUGGUAGUAGUUCUAGUACAAAUGCAGAUGAAACAAUGUCAGCCAUAAGAAAUUUUGAUAGGCAAAUUGCGGAUAUGAAUACACGAUCAACAUUAAGUGAUCAAACUUUACAAUAUGUUCGUUCAUUAGAACGACGAAUUCGACAAUUAGAAGAAGAACGUUCAUUAUCGAAUGGUUCAACAAAUAGUACUAGUAUACAAUCACAACAGCAGCAGCAACUACAACAGCAACAACAUUCACAACAAUUACAGCAACAACAGCAACAACAGCAACAACAACAACAACAGCAGCAACAACAACAACAGCAAUCACAAUUAAAUGAUUCAAUGACAAGACCUGAAGCUGUUGUAAGAGCUCUUCAAGUUCUCGAAGUAAGAGAACAAUUAGAAAGAGAUCGUAUUAGUGCUAAUAAUAAUAAUAAUAAUAAUAAUAAUAACGGUAAUAAUAUACAAUCAUCAAAUGGUAUUAGCGAUAUUAAUAUUGAACAAAUGGAUGAUGGAGAAAAAGCUUUAGUUAGAGAAAUGUGUAAUGUUGUAUGGCGAAAAUUGGAAGAGAGUCCAAAUGGACCAAAUAUUGAUCCAUUAUAAAAUAAAAAAAUAAAUUUUUUUAUUAUAAGAAUUUUAUUUAAUAAUUUUAUAAUAUUGUAUUUUUUUUUUUCUAAUUAUUUAAUAUUUAUAUUACAGUAUAAAUAUUUAGUUGGAACUACAUUUUAUUAAGAUGUGUACACAUAAGUUUAAAAUUUGUAAAAUUAAAUUCAAUUUUUAAA